AUGGCAGACAAUUACUAUCCAGACAUACGCUCUCCCUCAAAGGUAGACUCGGAGUAUCCGGCAAUCGAUGAAGAUGUCCACUAUGCAUGGCAACAGCGUCAACCUAUGAAUGAUGGGAAUGCGCUUUCCUCAGUGCUUGAUCCUCGACUUUUUGGAGACCAGCCACAGCCCGUGGAAAGCUUCGAUCAACCUUUCGCUGAAGCUCAAGUGGAGAUAGAGAAAGAGGAAGAGUCCUCUGGCGAGUCUGAUCAGCAAUAUCCCCCUGUACCAUAUGUUCCAAGUCAGUAUAAUGAGGCUGCAUGGGACAACGACUUUGUAAUGUCCGAUGAAGAAGAAACGGACAGUGACGACGACGAUGAUGAUGACGAAGCAGCAGAAGAUGAUGACGAUGAUGAUUCUGUUGCCAGGAAACGCCGACGCCGAGGAGGUGGGCGUUUCUCCGGGAGAUAUGGUGCUCGCGGUGGAAAGGGUAUCAAGAGAGGACCCCGGAAACCCAUUGAACCCGGUCCAGAGUUCAAGCACUUCCACUCGGAGGCCACAUCUGCUUUCAUUGAUGGAAACUAUGAUUAUGCCAUUGAUCAGGUCAUGCAGGCAAUCCAGGCCAACCCUGAGAUGUUCGCUGCGCAUUCUCUUCUGUCUGAAAUCUUUCUCGCACAAGGAGAAAACGACAAAGCCUUGGCAGCUCUUUUCAACGGAGCUCAUACUAGGCCAAAAGAUCCUGGUGUUUGGAUCAAAGUUGCUAAGCUCAUCUUGGACCGUGCUGGGGACAAUCGAAAGUCUGCUUUGAAUGAUGUGGCUUAUUGUUACAGUCGCAUCCUCGAAGUCAGUCCUGAAAAUUACAACAUCCGUUUCCAAAGGGCAGCAAUUUAUCGUGAGCUAGGACAUAAUGGUCGAGCUGCAACAGAAUAUGAAAGGUUGCUCAAGGAACGACCACACAGUGUCAAGGCCCUGCGCCAUCUUGCAGAGACAUACAUUGACUCGGAUGAAAUCCAGAAAGCAGUGGAUCACUACACUGAUAGCAUUGAUCACUACUUGACUCUUGAUCCUGACGAGUGCGAAUUCUCUUGGUCCGAUGUUAACAUUUUUGUGGAGCUUUUUGGUUACCUGAAGCAGCCCGCGGAAGGACUGAAUUCUUUGAAAACGCUCGCUCGAUGGCUCUUAGGACGGGCUGAUGAUACUAUGUGGGAGGAUUUUGAUGACGACGACCGCGAGUGGGACGCCGAUGAUUCACCUCGACGUAUCAAAACAGAUGGAUACGAACCUGGACAAUGGCCACGGGAAUCUUACGGACUCGGUCUUCCUUUGGAGCUUAGAGUCAAAUUGGGCGUCUUCCGUCUGAACAUGGGUGACAAAAACCAGUCUGAAGCACUACAUCAUUUCGAAUGGCUCAAUCCUGAAGAUGACUCCGAAGGCGCUCGGAUAUUUGACUAUGGCGAUCUUUUCAGGGAAGUGGCGGAUGCACUGAAGACAGCCGGCCUGCUAGAGGAGGCUUUGCGAUACUAUGGCCCCAUUCAGCAAACUUCAGACCAUGCAGACAUCGGCUUUUUUAUGGCUAUGGGCGAAUGUUGUUCACAACUUGGCAAAGUAGAAGACGCUGAAAGCUGCUUCCUACUGGUCGCCGAACACGACCCAAAGCAUAUGGAAUCACGAGUUUCUUUAGCAAGGAUAUACGAGAGCUUGGAAAUGAGUGAACAGGCAUUGAAAUACGUCAACGAGGCGGUCUUGAUCGGCAGACAAGAAAACCGAUCUAAGCGCAAAAGAAAAGAUACCAGACUUGAGCAGCUUGCCAUUGAAUUCAAGCUCGCUGAAACAGCAACGCUCCGGCCGCUUGCGCCCAAGCCAACAGCCCCAACGGUGGCCCUUAUGAACGCUACCCCCUCAGUGCAAGGGAGAAGAGGCGAAGGCACCCGAACCGACGAUAUCCAGUUCCUCUAUCAGAAGAUGCUAGAUCUGGAACCUCGCGUGAAAGAUGGUGCAUCGGACGCGAUUGAGGAUUGGCUUGACAUUGCUGAUGCUCUGUUGCGAGAUUUCCGUUCCAAUAGGGCUUUCUAUCCAGAGAUCCGCAGUAUCGCUUUUAUGGGAUACUCCCGCCCACAGCAACGCAAGGGUGGAAAGGGCAAAGAUCGGACAUGGAUGGAUGAAAUGCACGAAAUGGCAGGCCGUCUUCAUGAGAGUUUGGGCGAAGGGGCACAAGAGCCCCUCCAGGGUGCGAUCCCAACCGAUUAUCACGGAAUUCCCUUUGAUGAAUGGCUUGAUAUUUUUCUUCAGUAUGCUCUGCUCACUGCAGAACAGGGCGAGCCCGAGGAAGCUUAUGAGGCCCUUGAUUCAGCAGCACUUGCAAGCAUUUGGUUGCAUUCAAAGCCCAAAUCCCGAUUAAUCCAUGUGUGCUGGUUUACCUGUGCACUUCGUGUUGGGGAUGAAGAUACCCUAGCCAACGAAGCACGCUGGUUCAUCAAAGAAUACCAGUUUGUCACUGACACUUAUCGCCUUUUCUCUAUGCUGAGCCACCUGUGUGGUAACCCUCACCGAUCUCUCUUCCAUUCCUCGCCAAACAUGAAGUUUAUGCUUCGCCAAAUCAAGGCAAUGGACUUCACCCUACCCAGGGAUGUCCCCAAGCCUGCCCGACAGACCAUCUGGAAAGAGCGGGCCACUCUGUCCACCCGCGAUGAAGCCGGUGACCCAAUCCCUGCCAUGGAGCUAGACAUCGCCCUUCUCGUACUCUACGGCCACAUCCUGUACUCCGGAAACAGUUUCUACCCCGCCUUGAACUAUUUCUUCCGAGCAUAUGCACUCGACGACCAAAACCCAGCCGUCCUCCUCUCCAUCGGCCUCUCUUUCAUCCACCACGCCCUCAAGCGACAAGCCGAAAACCGACACUACCUCAUCAUGCAAGGACUAUCUUUCAUGCACGAAUACCGACGCGUGCGCGAGAGGCCCGGCAGUCUCCUGGCCGAACAGCAAGAGAUGGAAUUCAAUUUCGCUCGUGUAUGGCACUCUCUCGGUUUAGCCCAUCUGGCGAUCGAGGGAUACAAAAAGGUACUGAAGCUGGGCGAACAGAUCCAAAAUGAAGCCCAGAAUCAAAUAGGAGAGAAUAUCUCAGAAAGCGGCGGCGAUGUCGUCAUGGGUGGUGCUGAUCAACAGGAAUCUUUACCUCCGACUUUGCCUUUCGUUGAGGACUUCUCACGCGAGGCCGCCUAUGCGAUGCAGUGCAUUUAUGUUCUUAGUGGUGAUGUAAAGACCGCACAGGCUGUCACCGAGCAGUGGCUUGUUAUCUGA